AUGCCGGCGUGUCUCGCGGGAAAACUGCGCUCCGGCAAACACCACCACGCCACGGCGUUCACGUCGGGCUCGCAGCAGGCCCACGACAGAUCCUCAUUCACGUCCAUAGUGCCGGAAGAAGAGCCGUCGCUGGCGUCCGCACCCGGCGACCGCGUCGUGUUCAGCGGCGGCCAUGUGGACUUUGACCAGCCGCCACCGCCGCCGGAUCCGCCGACGACGACGACGACGACGACGAACAACUCAGCGGGUAAAUCCGGCAAGGGCCGUGCGGCGCAGGCGUAUAUCAAGUGGCAGAAGCCGACGGCGGCGCCGGUGGCGGCCAAUUGUUCCUCGUGUGCGAGCCACGAGCAGCUGGUGCGGGUCCGGCUGGGCAUGAUCAAGCAGAGGAUCCUGUCGCGACUUGGGUACGUGAGAUCCCUGCCGGAUGCGUCGUAUCGGGACAUCCCCAAGAACUCGCCGCUGCAGAAGCUCAUCGAGGACUUCUCCAUGCAGUCGGACUCGCCGGCGAUGGGGCUGCGACCCGGGGACGCCAACGCGCAUUACGACGACGGCGAGGGCGACGCUCAGAUCCAGAGCAUGUACGUCGUGGCGAGAACACUGGCGUCCUCGCCGCCAGCGACAAUCAGUCUUAGACGCCUGGCACCGCAGAACGUCGUCGUGUUCCAGACGUCGUGUUUUAACCACGAGCUGUCCUUCCCGGCGACCUCGCAUCCUGUGCAGGCUGGAAAACGGCAAUUUGCGUUGACUACGGUUGCGUCUUGCUCGAAAGCUAGCUAA